CUUAUCACGAAAAGAAGGCCAGGGAUCAAAGUACUUCGCCGGGAUGAUGGGUCAGUACAGCAUUCCAGACGUGGUCAGAGGAGUGGACGGGCCUCUCCUCCUCACUCCAGCUGCCGAUACCGCACGAAAGCAGCUGGGCGCGUGGGCGCGUGACAGUGCGCAUCUAGCGAUCGACUACAACAUACACGGGAAAGGAGAUCGAGACUACUGUUCCACAAGCUUGGAGUCCUUGGUAAAACCUCUUUUACAGGGGAUGAACCUGGCGGGAUGUAAAUACACGAUGCAUCGCGCCGCAGACGCUCGAUUGAUAUCCGUUGAUCACCGAACCUACGUAAUUCCCAUUAACGUCAUUGCCAACACGCCCGCGAUUCGAGAUUUGGCCCGCAAUAUUAUGACUUUAUUGGUGGGGUACUUUUACACGUUGUCUACGGACGCUAUCAUCUCGCCAACAGUAGACUACCUGGUGGUAGAAGGACACUCCGAAGCAUCUCCGUAGCUUUUUUCAUUCAAGGAAGCCGCACAUUCAACUCCGCGAGUUCCCCCUCAGUCGAACUACACAGAAUGUCAUUGUUGGUGAGAGGCGACUUCAAUGAUUCUAUAAAAUGUGCAGAGGUUGCCCGCAUCAAAGCAGGCCGGAGCCUUCCGUAACCUAGAAUGUCGCAGAUCUCCUCCAACCUGGAGUGGUGUUAUCAGCGAG